UUGAAUUGUGUGCCGCAAUUACUGGCGAUAUCGGGUAUUGCUAAAUAGCAAUCAGUCGUUCCGAGACGCUUGAAGAAGCAACAAAUCAACGGUCAUUCAGCCGCGCUCCGCCCGCCAUCUGAUCGUUAUAACUCCGGUUGUUUAGUGUUAAUUAAUUGUUGUGUAUACACCGCUCGCAUUAAGUAUUCACCUGCACGUUCAAAAAACACCGGCGGGCGACGGUUCGCCGCGAUAUCGCGAAACUUGCACGCUGUGCAAUUCGGCGAGUUUUAUUCUGUAUAGUUAAUAAUAAUUAAUAUAAAUUAAUAUAAAAUUAAUUUCAACGAUAUUCUUAAUCGUCCAGCACGAUCGUUGAUAUAUAAAUAUUAAUCAAUCGUGAUAAAAUCAAACUCGAUACUCGACGUAUCCUUAUAGUUACGAUAUUAUAUUCCUGCACGAUUUUGAAACGCGUCUGUUUACCACUAACUCGUAAUCGGUAUCUGGUGGGACUUUUUUUUUUUUUUUUCUUUUUUGUUUUAUGUUUUUUUCGCAAAUUUUGCUGUGGAAUCGGACAGCGGUGAAACAACUGUGAAUUAAGACGGAAAAUAAAACGCGGAAAAACAAUAUAAAUUUAACAUUGCGUGUAUAAUUUUAUUUCGUAUUGAUUCAAGGUGCCUUUAAAGUCUGACAGUUUUUAGUAGAAAGUAUUCUGUAACUUGUAGAAUCAAUUUGUUAUAUCAGUCUGAAACGAUCAGCUGUUCACGAAGCGCGGCGCCAUAUUGGCUAAUACAAAUCUUGGGAAUAUUGUUGCGGGGGAAAAAGAAUUGUCAUCAUCGAUGAUAUAUGGCACGAAUAAAUAAGUUAAGCGUGCAGUAACGAAUGAAUAUCGGUGUAACAUCGCGGUGGAAGAAGUAACAAAGAUCAUCGAAUCAUAGACGAUAAAUAAAUAGCAAUUAAAAAUAAAUAAAAAAAUUUAUAAAUCUUUAAAAAUGUCGGGGUAUGCGGAAGUGGUGAUAGAGAGUAACUUGAAACCGUCGCAGUUCGGAAAAUCCGGGGGAAACAAUGAAGAUUUCGAAGAAACUUACGAGAGUCCGCUUGAAAAGUCUAAACCCAUGCCACCGCGGAUGAUGCCGAUGGCGGAAGCGGUCGAGGAACUGCCGCGAAACGAACCGGAAAUCAUGGAGUUUUCAAACGCGAGAAAAACGAUCGAAGAAUCGAACAACAGGGUCAAGACGUUGAACAAGCGCAGCACGGCCGGCUUUACGAACGAGGGAUUCGAUCAGGGAUCCGAGGCGAAUUUCAUACCGGAUCCUCCGACGAGAAAGAGCGAGAAUCUCGAGAGCCAGGAUCUGCAGAUCAGGCCCAAAUCUCUCGCCAGCGUCGAUCCGGAAAAGGGGAAAAACGAUCCUCCACCGCCUUCUCCGCCCGAACAGGACAAACCGGACAUUGGAUUUCGGAGCGUGAUUAAUGCUAUCAAGUCGUUGGACGUCAAUCGAUAUGCCACGAAGAAGACGAUCGCUCAAGGGAUGCUGGACAUCGCUCUUCUUACCGCUAAUGCGUCACAGCUGAAAUACAUCCUGCAGGUUGGAAAGCAGCACGAGUUCUAUAUCCUGAUGCUGUCGUUGAUCUGUACGUCAAUCGGUCUCCAGGUGAUACAAGGCGUGAUAUGCAUCCUUCUGGGAUCCAGUUUGAACAUAAACAAGCAGCAAGACCAGAGGAAGGCAAACAUUUGGAACAACAUUUGCUUGGUCCUGAUGUUGUUAACCGUCGCUGUCAACGCUGUCAUAUCGGCAUUUGAUAUGCGAGACAGUUCUGCUCUGACCGAUGUCAACACCACCAAAGGUUCUUCGACCAGCCGACUGGGAUCCGGUCUUCGAUAAAUCGGCCGCUUCGAAUUUUGCCGGGUUAUCGGUGAUUUUUAUUUUUAUUUUUAUUUUUAUUUUUAUUUCAUGGAACUAGAUCGCUUUAACCGAAUUUUAUCUCGCAUCGUUGUUAUUCUCUCGGAAUUAUGUGUUUAAUGUAGGUAUAUUGUAUGUAUAUAUAUGCUGGAUUUUGGAAAUUUGAUUGGUAAAUCGGUAUUAAAAAAUCUGAUUCGACAAGAGUAGAGAAAAUUCAGGUUCCGUUUAAAUGUGAUCCGUAAUUUUCCCAUUGGCAAAAAUAUUACAACUCGUGGUAAACGAUUUUCUUACAAAUACAGCAGUGUAUGAUACAUUCAAGAUGAAUUAACUUUCAACGGUAUAUUUUAUUGCAUAUACGAAUUGACGUGAUUAUUUUCAUGAUGGUACGUACAACAAUGUACUGAUAAUUAAUAAUUGAUCGAUGAAAUUCAAAUAUUCGAGAGAUAUGUAUAACGGUGAUUAAUCAAUGUUGUCAAAUAAUGCGUGAAACACUUGUAACUGAAAUUUGAUAAUGUGAUAAUAAUGUAAUGCAUAUAUCAUACCUGAAUUAUAAUUACCCGUCCGAUGUUCCGUGGACGUGAUGUAUACCUUAAUACACGACAAAAUAUGACACGUGAUACCAAUACGCAUACUGUAAUAAUAGUUAUUCUUACGCAAACGAUAUUAAACAUGUUCACAGAGCCUGUAUGUAUAUAUUUAUUCAACUCGGUACAUAUUGUAUUAAAUUCACUACGGAUCCGGUAAUAAAACGAGAUGAAAUAUAUUGUUAA